UCUGAUUAGAUAAAGAGAGGGCUUAGUACUCUCGAAACCAGCACGUUUUUACUUCAGAUCCACCUGUUUCUGAUCGUGAAGAGUGAGCAUCGAAAAACUAAACAUGGUGUCUUUGGAAACUGUCGCGGGUAUAGUGAUAAAAAUUCUCAAGUUGAUUAUUAAUCUAAUAAUCCUGAUGCUGUAUCGAACGGGAUACAAAGGAGAAUUCCUGGGUGUCGGAGGGACAUGGAACUUAAACGAAGACAAAAAUCCAGACGCAGAAAUCGUUGCAUCCGGAGUUUUGGUCGGAUUUUUCAUAUACACCAGCGUUGUCUUAAUCACUUACUGCUUUGGGAGCACGUAUCACAAGAAGACACUUGUCGAAAUUAUAAUGAAUUUCGUUGGAACCUUUAUGUUCAUCGCUGUGGGGGGUACAGCGCUUCACUAUUGGCAUGGUUAUCAAUCGGAAAAUAAAUACGAUUCGAUUAUUCAAGAACGACAGAUCGGCUUAGCUGUUGGAGCAUUGUGCGUUAUCGAGGGUGCAGCGUAUCUCGUCGACUUAAUACUGAGUUUUCUCCAUUUUGCGAAAAAUACCGAUAAUUUUUUAGAAUAAAGUCAAAAAAUUUCAUAUAAAAA